AUGUGGAACGAUGCCGGAGAGUUCAUGGACCUGUACUUGCCACAGAAAUGUUCCUCGAACAACCAUAUGGUUGACAUCAAGGAUCACGCAUCCAUCGAAAAGAAUGUGGCCAAGGUUGACAGAUGCACGGGCCGGUUUAAUGGUCAGUUUAAAACCUACGCUAUCUAUGGGGCCAUUCGCAGGAUGGGCGAGUCAGAUGAUUCUAUUCUCUGA